GUAACAUAACCUACUAGCAACAGCAGGCAGGCAUUGGGAUUUUUCUUUAGUUAGGUCUGUUAUUAAAAUUUACAGGGACAAUAUAUGGGCAUCAUUUGAGCAAUAGGCUGUAGUUUACACACAUGUAGCACCGCAGUCACGUAUUAUUCAUUGAUCAACGUUCUUUUUGUUUUGUUUCUUUCUAUCUCUUCUUUUCAACAUCUUUUUCAUCGCCUUAUUCUCUUCUUCAGACUCACCGCUGCAGCCGUCAUAGUCAUGGCUACUCUCUACUUCACCGUCGCCAGCAAAUCCUAUGAAGGAAAUGUCAAAGCCGCGCGCGCGACUGGCAACAAGUCCCGCGUGCUGUUCUUGGAGACCGGGCACGCGUUUGAGGUCACCGGCCGCUUCUCGUGCGCCAUCGAGUCCGCGGCGAGGCACCACCCCGGUUGGGCCGUGAACGUGAUUGCCGCGGUCGAGACGGCAAACAGCACCGACGUCUGGCUGGACGGGCCUUUCAGGCAGAUGCUGGGGCGGCUCCCCAACGUGGUCUUUGAUAGCGUGCAGGUUGCUGAUAUUAUCCGCGGCACACCGCUGGGGUCGUGGAGCCUGCCGGACCCUCUCAAGGACGGCCCCGGCGUCAAUGAGCAACUCUCAAACGCGCUGCGCCUGGCGCUUCUCUACAAGCGAGGCGGCGUCUAUCUCGACAAGGACACCGUGGUCAUGCGGCCGCUCCAUGGAUUCGACGCCUGCCUAUCCCAGACGUCGCUGCGCAAGGGCGACUCGGUGAGCAACAGCUUCCUGUUCUUCAAGGCGGGCCACUCGUUCCUGCGCGACGCCAUGGAGCGCAUCGCCAGCGACCACCACCCGGGCGUCAAGUCGUCCCUGGGUCCGCCGCUGCUGCACGACGCGCUGCUCGAGCGAUGCGGCGUCGCCAGCGUGGCGCCUCUGGCCGAGGCCGGUCGCCGAUGCCGGGGCGUGCUCGUGCUGCCGUGGCACGUGCUCAUGCCGGUCGCGUACACGGCCUGGCCCUCGCUGUUCGCCGCCGAAAGCGCCGACGCGAACUCAUCGCGGUGGGAGGCGUGUCGGCACAGCCACGCCAUGUGCUUCUACGGCAAGCUGAGCGCCCGCAAGAAGGCCGAGAAGGAGUCGCCGUACUGGCGCGCGGCGUCCGAAAACUGCCCGCGCUCGCUGGAAAUCUCGGUCGACCUGGCCGGACGGUUCUGAGGCAGAGUGCGAGGACAGAUUUGCCCCCCGGUUGAAGAAGCCCGGACAUUCACGACCGCACGGAUGGCAUUUCCAACUGAUUUGUAUAUAAGGGGGCAUGUAUAGGCACACUAAUAAGUACAAACAGAGGGAGGCACGGGUAGUUGGAAGACGAAUCCCAGCUCUUGAGACAAAUAGAAAUCGAAAAAAAAAAGAACUUGCUUCGGAUGAGAUUUGCUUUUUUUGUGUGUGUGUUUCGCGGUGGCUGAUUCAUUCGCUUGCGGAAUACGUAAAUCAGUUGGACGUGCCGUCUUCGUGGUCAGUAGUGUCCGUGCCUCUUUUUGUGUGUGUGGUGCUCUUUAGCGGCCAAAUGUGUCUUUCAGCAAGUACCAAGCAGUCCAAGAAGGAGUUCUUCGUUCUCGCGCGAACGUCCUUGACACCGUUGAUAUUUUCGAUGGGUCUUUAAGCUGCUUGCGGUUUUGCAGAUGAACCAAAUGCCCUACUUGUUCAUUUUCCUGUUCUUGUUGUUACCAAAGUUCAAUUGGCUCAGUAUUACAGCCCGAGCAAGUCAACAUUUCAAUAGCGUGCUAAUGGGUUCUGGAUGCAAACCAAAGGAUAUACACGCCCAUUUUUUGUUUUGCUAUUUUGUUGUGGUUGUUGGUUCUUGCUGUUUUAGCUUUUUUUUUGGGGGGGGGGGGGGGCGACAACAUACUUAUUUAAGCCUGUUGGCUUUAUCUGCUGUGGGAAACGCGCGCAAUAACUUCCUUCCUAUUGAAGUUGGGGCGUUUAAACAUUGAGAAAUUUGCUGCGGGUUGGUGGUGUUAUGCC